AUGGGAGCCACCCCCUUUUACCCCUCAAUCCUCAAGGUCUGGUUCCCGAGAAACUUCGACAAGCCGAUGGACAUGAGGUACGAUGGGACCAAGGACCCCCAGGAGCAUAUCACAGCUUUUGAAGCAAGGAUGAACUUGGAAGGGGUAGGUGACGCGGUCAGAUGCCGGGCAUUCCCCAUAACACUGGCCGGUCCAGCAAUUCGAUGGUUCAACGCCCUCCCACAAGAGUCCAUCACAACUUUCGUAGACAUAUCUCGAAGCUUUCUAGCUCGGUUCACGACGCGCAUAGCCAAAGCAAAACACCCAAUCAACUUGCUGGGGGUUACCCAAAAACUCGGGGAGCCGACUAGGAAGUUUCUAGAUAGGUUCAACGACGAGUGUUUGGAGAUCGACGGCCUCACGGACUCAGUCGCUAGUCUAUGCCUAACAAACGGCCUGCUAAACGAAGACUUUAGGAAGCACCUCACAACCAAGCCUGUAUGGACCAUGCAGGAAAUUCAAAGCGUGGCCAAUGAAUACAUCAACGACGAAGAGGUCAGCCAGGUUGUCAUAGCCAACAAACGGCAGAUCCCUAGCUCGUCAGUCCGGCAGGCCCCUCAAGUCGAUAGGUACAAAGAAGCUCCCAGGGACGACACCCUAAACAAGCCACCCAAGCACCCACGGGUAGGAAGGUUCACGAACUACACGCCACUUGCGGCGCCUAUAGUAGAAGUCUACCAACAAAUUGCAGACAAGGGAAUCUUGUCCAGAUCUAGGCCAUUGAAGGAAAGAACGGGAGGCAACAAGAGCCUUUACUGCGAUUAUCACAAGAAGUUUGGCCACAAAACCCAAGACUGCUUCGACCUCAAGGAUGCCCUGGAACAGGCCAUAAGAGAAGGAAAGCUGAGCGAAUUCUCCCGGCUCAUUAGAGAACCGAGGAGGCGGGAAAGGGAACGCUCUGAGGAAGAUCGGAGCCGAACUGUCAAACCAAGGCAAGAACCCACAGAGGAUGCCAAUAACCCCCCAACUUUCGUGGUCAACAUCGUGGUCGGGCGCGACAGCCCCCCUAAAUCCAAGUCGGCAGCCAAAAGGGACACCCGAGUACUCUCCAUCUUGACAGAUGGCCCCACCUCCAGCAAAAGGCAUCCCACAAUAUCAUUUGGCCCAGAAGAUAAGUGGUUCAAUGACCUCCCCGAAAACUCCCAUGGUAGUUACCGCGCUGGUCGGGACAGGAGCAGAUUCAAACAUUCUAUUUAG